AUGCUGAGAAGAAACAAAUCAUCAUCAAAGGAGGAGAGUGGCGGUGGACCGCCAUCAUCUCCUUCCAAUGGAAAGAGAGGAAGUGGCAAGAAGGAGAAGGCAGACAAGGGCGAGAAGGAGAACAAGAAGGGGAAGGACAAAAAGGGCCUGAAGAAGCUCAAGAGCCGUAUCGCCCUCUCACAAAACGCUUCGCUCUCCAUCUCGAGCCCCGAAAUCAACAGCCAUCGCUCCAAUUCGCUGCCCGAGCCAACACCCGCCCCCAGCCCUCCAUCCACAGCCGGCUCUCCAGUCCACUCGCGAGGCGAAGCCCCCACCACGGAAAGCUCAUCAAGCUCCUCUUCCUCGUCAUCGUCGCGGCCCAUGAUGCGGCUACGUUCGGCCUCGCUCUCGUCGGCGUGUAGCACCAUGUUGGCCUCCCUCUCGCUUCCCCUGUCCUCCUCCACCGCCUCCAUCUCUUCCGUCUCCUCCUCCUCCUCUGCUUCUUCAUCUUCUUCCGCCUCGCGCCAGGUCAUGCUCGUCGAGAGAUCGGAGGCGUGCCAGACCACUCCCACCCCCGCAUCAAGCAAACAGGCGGCGUCGUCAUCGGCCUUGGCGCCCGGCAAGACGAAGCGGGACGCGAACGGUUUGUCAUCAUCAUCAGGCUCCUCCUCGACAUCAUCGUCUUCAUCGAAUGCCCCGAGCACGACACCAUAUUCGGCGACUUCGCGGUCUCCGACAUCAUCGGUCUCUGCGUCGAGGGCUCCCUCUCCCCGUGCCACGACUUCUUCGUCGUCGUCGUCGUCGUCUUCAUCGUCGUCGGCCCCGGCCGCGCCGUUCGUGCAUCCCUACUUCGAGCCCUCCCGCUACCAGUACCACCAGGUCGACGGCUGGGCUCUCGCCACUCCCGUCUCCGACCGGGACGACCUUCCCAAGAUGAGCGGCAUCGUCAAGCUCAAUAUCGGUGGCGUCAAGUACGAGACGACAGUGGGCACUCUGGUGUCGCGAGGCGACAACUUCUUCACGACGCUCUUCUCCCACAUGUUCGCCACGCUCAAGGACGAGGAGGGCUACUACUUCAUCGACCGCGAUGGCGAGUAUUUCAAGCCGCUGCUCUCCUACCUGCGCACGGGCGAGCUCCGCGUGCCGCCCGGCAUGUCCAAGAUGUGCGUCGAGCGCGAGGCCCACUUCUACCUCAUCGAUCUCAACAACAACAGCAUCGCCGACGGCGCGCCGCCGGUGGGUACGCAGCUGGCCGGACCACCGGUGUACCACCCGUCGCCGCUCGGCUGCUCGCUCGCGCGACCCAACGCGCGGUCCUACUUCCUCCGCUACGACGGCGUCUACGUCCAGAAGACCCGCGACGGCGAAGACUUCUUCGCGUACUACCGCUUCUUCCGCGACGGCAAGGUAUCGAUCGUGACGACGUCGCGCCACAAGGUGCAGAACAAGGUGAACAACACGUACGAGGUCAUCGAGGGCGAGUGGCUGCUCAUCCGGUCCAACUUCCAGAGGAAGCCCACCAUCCUUAUGGGUUCGUUUGGCUAUAAUUCGAUCCAGAUCCACUGGCGAUCGCCGCGAGACAAGAAGCACGUGGACUGCAACACGCUCCACUUCUUCCCCUCGUUCGAGCCGCCGACGGACCUGCUGUUCUCCAACCAGCACUGUCGGAUGGGCAAGAAGCAGUACCACCGCCUCAACUUCAAGGACGACCACCAGGUCACCAUCACCGUCAUGGAGAAGGACCAGCAGCACCACCGCCUCAUGAACAGCAUCAAGCGCACGGCCACCUACUCCCUCGAGAAGGAGGAGGUCGUGACCCUCAGCAUCAACGACGACUUCUUCCCGGAGCCCAUAAUCUCGCUGGGCACCGUGCUGUUGGAGCGGCGCGUCGAGCGGCAGGUGGUCGGGCAGCGGGAGACCUGCCGGGUGUACCUGGCCGUGGACAAGCACGAGGAGGAGGACGACGACGAGAUCGACAUCUACACCUUCCUCCGCACGUCAUCGCCGCCGGUCUCGCUCAACGACGACGACACGGCCAGCAGCGACGAUGACGAGUACCGCGACAUGUACGCCGCAGCCACGGUCACCAACAACGCGCCCGCUGCGACCAACAACAACAACAACGCGUCCGGUGGUGGUGGCCCCAACGCACGCACGCGAAGCGAGAGGAGCCUGAGCCAGUGA